UUCCCCUCCGCACCCGCAGGGGGUCGUCGUGUCAGCAGCGACCGGUGAGGACACUCGUAUUACUGUAGAAGAAACUGCAUGUUUUCAUAGCAACAGCAGCAUGGCUAAACGCAAGUACGACAGCGAGUACAUUAAAUAUGGAUUUUCCUACAUCGAAGACGAAGGAGUCCAAAAGCCUCAGUGUAUUUUUUGUUGUGAGGUACUGGCAAGUGAAAGCAUGAAGCAUGAAUAAACUUUUCGAGCGGUUUAGCGACUACUUUCCCGAUAAACAACCCGAGGACGACUGGGUGCGCGACCCGUUUGGAAUAAACAUGGAAAGCAUCACGUUGCCUAGCAGCGAUGAAUGUCAGCUGGUGGAGCUAUCAUGUGACCGCACUCUCAGAAAGAAAUUCACAGAGACAAACUAUUGGGAUGUCAGUGAGAAGUUCAGCACAGAAGAAGCCAGAGUCCUCAUGAGAUCGAUUUGAAACAGUCCACUUGAAUGCAGACAAACUAUUGGGAUGUCAGUGAGAAGUUCAGCACAGAAGAAGCCAGAGUCCUCAUGAGAUCGAUUUGAAACACAGUCCACUUGAAUGUAGAUAAGCUCUUGUUGUGUCAGAGGGAGGUUCAGCACAGAAGAAGUCUUCAUGAGAGCUAUUUGAAACGAGGUCCACUUAAAGGCAGGUAGGUGAUGGUGCAGAGCUGAGCCCCCUGCAGAACUUUCUACAGUGGUGUGACAGAGUGGGUCUGGAACUGAGCAGUAAGGUGUAUGUGAGUAAAGAGGGGACCGUGGCUGAAUAUGGGAUGCUGGCUAAAGAUGAUAUAGAGGAAGGAGAAGUUUUAUUCACCAUCCCCAGAUCAGCUCUUCUCCACCAGGGAACAACUAAGGUUUCUGCCUUGCUGGAAAAGGAGAAAUCAUCUCUGGAGAGCUCUUCAGGCUGGGUUCCUCUGCUGCUGGCUCUGCUGUAUGAGUACACGUCCUCCCAGUCCCACUGGAAACCCUACCUGUCUCUGUGGACCGACUUCAAGACGCUGGACCAUCCCAUGUUCUGGUCUAAAGAGGAGAGAGACAGUCUGCUGAGGGGGACAGGAGUCCCAGAGGCGGUGGACACAGACUUGGCUAACAUUGAGCAGGAAUAUACAAACGUGGUCCUGCCUUUCAUGAUCAAACAUUCUGACCUGUGGAACCCAAACACACACACACUGGAGCUCUACACAAAGCUGGUGGCCUUCGUCAUGGCCUACAGUUUUCAAGAGCCGCAGGAAGAGGAAGACGACGAUGAGGAUGAGGAAGAGGAGAAAGCCCCCAACCCUCCGAUGAUGGUUCCCAUGGCCGACAUGCUAAACCACGUGUCCAAUCACAACGCCAACCUGGAGUUCACGCCGGACAGUUUGAAGAUGGUUUGCGUGCGGCCCAUUCCUAAAGGCGACGAGGUGUUCAACACGUACGGACAGAUGGCCAACUGGCAGCUGCUUCACAUGUACGGCUUCACCGAGCCGUAUCCGAGCAACAGCAACGACACCGCUGACAUCCCUGCCACCAACCUCUACAAAGUCGCCACACAAGGUAUUCAGUCUGAUCUGGACCAGCAGCUGAUGGAGGAGCAGUGGGAGAUGGUUUGUGAGAUGAUGCCGGAGAAAGCAGCCUUUGUGUUCGGUAAACAGGGCUGCCUAACAGACACAGAGCUGCACACUGCACUCAAGGUGCUGUGCAUGUCAGCGGAAGAGUUCUCAGAGUUCAAAGACAACGAAGGCUGGGAGGAAGAUGACGAGGACGACGAGAAGAUCUCCCAGGCUUUCUCCAACGACGGUCUUCCUGAAUUAAAGCCUUCGUGGAAGUGGUUGAUUCACGAGACGGCACGUCUGACUCUGACAUCAUACGGAGACGGAGAAGAGAAGCUGGGAGAAAAUGUGGCGGACGGCGACCGAGCGCUGAUGGAGGAUAAAGCAGCGCUUGCAGGCCUGAGCUGCAGGCAGCGGAGGGCGCUGCAGGUUCGCUAUGGACAGAAGAGAAUCCUGCACAGACUCAUGGAGCUCACAAAGUCAUGAGUCCAGCUGUGACAAGGACGGAGAUCACAGUUUGUUAAUUCUUAAUACGAGCAUUGUCUUUUUCACAACACAGUCAAUAAAUAUUUUUCUUGGAAAUGGG